AUGCCCACCUCCUGUGCAUCCACCACCACAACCACCUCACAAAGCAAUGAAAGCAACAAGAACAACCAUUCAUCCAAAGUCUAUAGAUUUGCCAAAACGGCCUACAAGUUGUCUCUGGGUGGCAGCAAAAAUGAACCGCAACAAGAAGAAUACGCCCCUAUUGCGGCUCGAUUCGUGACGCCGCGGGACUCAAUUAUUGAGACGGUCGAUGGGGAACGGUUACCCGUUGUCCCCGUUGACGAGGCGAAGAAAUUGAACCGGUUCCGGGAUGAGGCUGUAGAUGGCGAUGCAUCAGAGGAAUUAAAUCUCACCCCCAGUAACAGUGAUGAAAUCGAGACGAAAGCUGCACCUACAACCGAAUCAAGUGGUGUACCGAUAAGGGCAAGGGAGGAAUCGCCAGGAAGCCAUGCUGGACCACUCGAAUACGCGAAACCUCCGGCCCAUACGCAUCCAUUAUUCCCUCCGUUGCCGCUUUACGGACCAUCAUCGAUGCUACGGACGCUGCAGUGUCAGACAUGUCGGGUGGUGUCGUUUUGGCUUUCGCUGUCGUUUUUGGGGGUUAUUAUCACGGGGUCCUGCGUGAAUGGGAUACGGCCUGGAAUUAUGAAUACGUGGGCGAGAGUUAGAGGGCGGAAUUUAGAUGUCGAGCGACCGUUUUACAAGGAAGAAAUGGAGAGGGAAUCAAUCAGACGUGAAGAGGCAAAACGAUGGGAGCGCAGACAAUGUAUCACAAGCCCUGGGGAAAUGGAAAUUGCUAAAGAAGAAGAAGAAGAAGGAAGGAGAAUCAACGCCGAGGACCUGGAUUCGGAUUUUGAGUAUCCGCCGCUAGAAGGCGGGCAUGAUCCUGUUGUUUGCGAUAUUGGAUACUAUGCGAGACGAGUCGGGUUGGACGUUGAGACGUUUAUGGUACAGACAGAAGACGGUUUUAUACUGACGUUGUGGCAUGUGUAUAAUCCGAAUGAGUACACGCCGUUACCUGAGAGUGAGCGGGGUUUUCGCCAACCAGAUGUAUUCUAUGAUCGGAAAUCGAAGGGUUUUCCAGAGAAGAAUCGUCGAUAUCCUGUCUUGUUGAUACAUGGUUUACUUCAAAGCGCGGGCGCUUAUUGUGUCAAUGAUGACGACAGUCUCGCAUUUUUCCUCUGCAAAGCUGGAUACGAUGUCUGGCUGGGGAACAAUAGGUGCGGCUUUGAUCCCCAGCACAAGACCCUGAAAUGUUCUGAUCCUCGAAUGUGGUGUUGGAAUAUUCGUCACAUGGGUGUUUUGGAUCUUCCUGCGUUCAUCUCGAGAGUGCUCUACGAAACCGGCUUCGAGAAACUAGGUCUCAUCUGCCAUAGCCAAGGCACCACCGAGGCAAUGGUCGCUCUAGCAGAGGACCAAAGACCGGAACUGGGUGAACGCAUCUCGGUAUUCUGUGGCCUGGCACCAGCUGCAUAUGCCGGUCCCCUGAUCAAAACGGCCUAUUUCCGGUUUAUGCGGAUCAUAUCUCCAAGCGCGUUUCGACUUUUCUUCGGCAUCCACGCUUUUAUUCCGUUCAUGAUGACCAUGCACAACCUCCUUCCGCCACGUUUAUACGGUGCGUUGGGCUACAGGGUAUUCUCGUACCUCUUCGACUGGAGCGAUAAACGCUGGGACCGUGGGCUGCGCGACCGCAUGUUUCAAUUCUCGCCCGUCUAUGUGAGUGCAGAGAGUAUGCGUUGGUGGCUUGGCUGCAACGGCUUUGCAGUUCAAAAAUGCAUCCUGGCUACCGAGGAACAAGGUCUCCGGGAAGAGGAAGAGGAUCGCAAAUACGACGAAAACAACGAAAAUAACAGUGAAUCCGACAGCUCUGCGGAGAUUUCUACAUCAUCAUCACCAUCAUCAGAAAGAGCGAAAACAGCCUGGUACGGCCCCAAGACACCACCAUUCGCAUUCUGGGUUGCGGGAUCCGAUGGUCUGGUCGAUGGACGGAGAUUAUUGAGGCGAAUACGGAAUGGGCGAGAACCGCAUGUAAAGCUUGUGCAUGAGAAGGUUAUUGAAGGGUAUGAGCAUUUGGAUGUUUUGUGGGCGAUGGACGCGAUUCAGCAGGUGGGCAGGGAGGUUGCGGAGGUUGUGUGGAGGACUGUAGGGGAGGAAGAGAGGGGGAAGUGUCGGAUGCCGAAGUUUUGA